AAUAAAAAUAAAAACAAAAACCAAAUCAACCACUGCCGUCUAUCACCCACACAUCCCAACACCACCGGCCAUUACCCCCACAAUCCUCCACCACUAUACCAUAAGAACCCACCACCUGAGACAUCAAAACCACCACAAAAUCCAUCCCAAGACCAAAACACAAACACCAUCAGACAAACAAGAAGGAAAAAAAGAAAAAAAGAAAAGAAAAAGAGAAAUAAAUAGAAGAGAGAAAGGCCGGCGGCCACUGGUGGUGGCUUCUCCGGUGUGCACAGGAGAGGGACACCACCACAAAAGCCAUCAAUCCCAGCCCCACACCGUUUGAAACGCCGAUCUCAAACCCAAAUAAAAAAAGCUUUCCACAAGUGUGAAAGAAGAGGGAAGAAUUAAAAAGCCGAUCUCAACCCAGAGAGAAGAGAGGAGAAAUAAAGAAAAAGAAAAGAAAAGAGAGAUGGCCAGCCUCUGUGAUUGUACGUGUGAGCGAAGAGAGAAGAAAGAGAAAAGAAAAAAAAAAAAAAAAAGGGGCAGGAGAGAGAACAGAGAAUAAAAAAUAGUUUUUUAAUUUUGCAACAUUCUACCGUACGAUUCUAGAUUCUAUCUAUAGAAUCGUACUGUAGCAGAGGUUGCAAAAAUGCUAAAAUUCUUAGCAUUUGAAAUACCUUGUGAAUUUUGUUUUUUUGGAGUUUAGUGUAUCAAAUGCUAAAAAUUUAACAUUUAACACACAUGAUGAGAAUGCGGAUUAAGAUAGGAUUAAUUUGAAAAGUAAAAAAAAGGGUUCAUGUUUAGAUAUUACUAAUCAAAAUUCAAAGCAUUAAUUUGUUCAGAAAAAAAUAAGCAUUUAUUUUUCGGUUAUAACAAAGUCACCUAUAAACUCCCUUAAAUAGAGCACAUGCAGGUUCUAUUUCAAAGGAGAGAGACACGGAAGACACGAGAGAGAGAGAGAGAGAGAGAGAGAGAGAUGAAGAGAGAGAGCCAUCCUUUGUUGAGGGGAGGGAGAAGAGGAGAGGGUAAAUACAGUCAUGGGUGGACGGCGACUGAGAUGCAAUCACUGGCUAGCAUUUGUGAGGCUUUAUUACCUCCUUUGACAUUCAAUUCUUUGGAGGGGAAGAAUGACCAACCUUCCGAGGCUGUGCAGUCCUUCUACAAAGCUUCUGGGUCUCAAUUUCCAUUUCCUGAUGAGGCUGCAGAGCUUAUCGGGAAAAGGGCAGUAAAAGAAGCUGUGAUAUUAGUUAGAGUGAUUUUAGGGGCGCUGGGUACUAGGUUGGGUACUUUAUUGCUUUGUGGACCUCUUUGUCUAAGCAAUAAAUGGCCCUUCGUCUUCAACUUUUCUAGCUUAUCCUUGGAGAAGAGAGAGAACAUUUUGCAGUGGUGGUUUAGGCAUAGAUUUUUGACACCGAUCAGAGCUGCAGUUCUUUACAUCAAAGCCUUGUCCCUCUACAAUUUCUUCACUCGGGUGAAUGAAAAUGAUGAAAACCCAGCAUGGGAAGCCAUUGGAUAUCAUGUUGACACUGAUAAGGAGCCAUUUGAAGUCCCUCAAAAAAGGCCCCUUGACAAAGGAAUGGUAGAAACUAUGAGAGAAACUGACUCAACCCUUGUGCAAUCUCUUGCCCAGAGAGGUAUCAGAGCUGAAUUAGACCCCAAGCAGAACCUCUUCAAAAUCGAAUGUGAUGUUGUAGUUGUUGGUUCUGGAUGUGGAGGAGGAGUUGCAGCUGCUGUGCUUGCAUGUUCAGGACACAAGGUCAUUGUUCUUGAGAAAGGGAACUAUUUCACUGCUUCUGAUUAUUCUUCUCUAGAAGGCCCCUCCUUUGAGCAACUAUAUGAAGCAGGGGGACUCCUUGCAUCUACUGAUGGGGGAGUCUUUGUUAAGGCAGGUUCAACGGUAGGUGGGGGGUCUGCUGUUAACUGGUCAGCAUGCAUCAAAACACCUAAUACAGUGCUUCGGGAAUGGGCCGAGGACUGCAAAAUCCCAUUUUUUGGGAGCCCUGAAUAUCUCUCUGCUAUGGAUAUUGUGUGUGAGAGAAUUGGUGUAACUGAGACUUGUGUGGAGGAGGGGUUCCAAAAUCAAGUACUUCGAAAAGGGUGUGAGAAUUUAGGCCUUAGAGUUGACUAUGUGCCACGAAAUUCCUCGGAGAAUCAUUAUUGUGGGUCUUGUGGCUAUGGCUGUAGAGAAGGAGAGAAGAAAGGGAGUGAUGCUACAUGGCUCGUGGAUGCUGUGGAUCAUGGUGCAGUGAUCUUAACAGGAUGUAAAGCUGAGAGAUUCAAAUUGGAAGAGAACAAGAGUGGAAGCAAAAGAACAAAGAGAUGCCUGGGAGUGAUAGCAAAGACUUUGAGUAACAACAUCACAAGGAGAGUAGAGAUUAAGGCCAAAGUAACAAUCUCGGCAUGUGGGGCUCUUUUAACACCCCCUAUAAUGAUCUCAAGUGGAUUGAAGAACCAAAACAUUGGUCGCUACCUUCAUCUCCACCCUGUUGCUAUGGCCUGGGGAUACUUUCCAGAAUCAAAUACAGACCUCAAGGGGAAAAGCUAUGAGGGUGGAAUAAUCACAUCGGUCCAUAAUGUGGUCGGGGGAGACUCAAAGGUGAGAGCCAUCAUAGAAACUCCAUCACUAGGGCCGGGAUCAUUUUCUGGAUUAUGUCCUUGGGAAUCUGGACUAGACUUCAAGAGAAGAAUGGUUAAUUAUGCAAGAACUUCUAAUUUGAUUGCAAUAGUUAGGGACUCAGGAUCUGGAGAAGUUAAGGUAGAGGGAAGGAUAAACUACAAGUUAGAUACAUCAGACAGAGAAAACCUCAGGGUUGGGUUAAGGCAGGCAUUAAGAAUUUUGGUAGCAGCCGGUGCUGUUGAGGUGGGCACCCAGCGUAGUGAUGGGCAGAGAUUAAAAUGCAAAGGAGUUAGUGAAAAGGAAGUGGAGGAGUUUUUGGAGAUGGUUUCUGUAGUGGAAGGGCCAUUGUCGUUGGUAGAGAAUUGGACAACACUCACCUCUGCCCAUCAGAUGGGUAGCUGUAGGAUGGGGGCUGAUGACAAAGAAGGUGCGGUUGAUUCUAAUGGGGAAAGUUGGGAAGCAGAGGGCCUAUUCGUUUGUGAUGCUAGUGUUCUGCCAAGUGCUGUUGGUGUCAAUCCCAUGAUCACCAUUCAAUCCACUGCUUACUGCAUUUCAAAGAGAAUAGCUGAGUCCUUUGAAAGGGUAACAUUCUCUAAAGCUUCCUGAUUCCCCUUAUCCUUCUUUAACCAUGCAAACAUCUACAUGUGCACUCAUACGUACACAAUAAUACAUACACCCACAUUGGAAAUGUUGUUUUGGAUUGAAUCAUCUGUUAAAUAAGGAUAUGUUAUAAACAUUAGAUUCAGUAUGCAAUAAGUAUGUAACUUCCUAUGUCUGUCAAUGAUUAGAUGCAUAUAUUGUAUUGUUUUCUCAAUUUUAAGUCA